CAGACAUCAUUCCCUUUCCCUCACUUGUCCCUACUCCCUCACAAGAGGCAGGUCUCCCUCCGGCUUCAUUCAUUCUUUCUACUUCGGCAUAUUUGAAUGAUAAGACUUCACUCGCUGUCAAAUUGGAAAGUAAGUCUCCUUGAAACUUUGAAAGCACGUGGCAAGAAGUUCCGUGAUCCGAUCAAUCAUUAAUCUAAGAAGCACGUGAUCAUUUCUUAAAGAUGGGACUUGCGGAUUAUAAAGAACUUGUUGGCUCUGCUGCUGGGUUUUGCACCGUAGCUCAAAUUUUUGCACCAGUAUUUAUUUGUAAAGAUAUUGUGAAGCAGGGAAAUACAGAAAAUGUCACGCCGUCCCCUUUUAUAGGUGGUUUGGGAAUGUCCUUGGUUGUACUUAAAUAUGGUCACAUAUUGAAUGAUGCGACAAUCACAUCAGUCAACUUAUUCGGUUUUGUUUUGAAUAUUUUAUACCUUUCAUUGUUUUAUUAUUACACUAAUGAAAGAGAACAAUUAUUAAAAAACACAAUUAAAAUUUUAUUAGGAGUCGGUGCCAUUUAUGGUUACACAGUGGCUGAAUUUUCACCGACAAGAUUGGAAUUUAAUUAUGGCAUUAUAAUUACAGUUCUAAUGCUUUUUCAUAUAGCCACACCACUUUUAGACCUAAAAACAAUAAUAGCAAAUAAAGAUACAGGAUCUCUACCCUUUCCCAUGAUAUUCAGUGGGGCAGUCGUAACAUUUUUGUGGCUCCUCUAUGGUAUAAUAAUUGAAAAUGCGUUCAUUCAGUUUCAAAAUGUGAUAGCUUUCUCGUUGUUAGCCUUCCAACUGCUUCUCUUUCUAAUUUAUCCACCACAGUACAAAGCAGAGAAAGAAACUAAAAAGAAAAUUUAGAAACUUCUUGUUUGUAAUCACAAUUUAGUAAGUACAAUCAAAACAAUUGGUUUUGUUUAAAUACAAGCCUAAAAUUUAAAUAGAAGUUUUAAAAUUUAAUACUGAAAAUUUGGAAUUUUUACAAACUCAUUCAUAAUCAUUAAACUGUACAGGUAAAAGAAAUAGAAAAACGUAGUACUCCAAUUGCUCUCUCAAUUAUCAGUAUUUCAUUGUAAUUUGUCAACCAGGCGACACAAAUUUAUUCUCUUUGAAGUGCUUUUGAAACUCUACCGGCUUCCUCCUCAGCCAUUGGUGGUUCAGUUACAAAAAGAUUAGAGCUUCAAAAGUACUACAGAGAGAAUAAAAUUGUUUGUUGUUUGAGUUCACUGUUAGCGAUCCUACACUGAAGAUAUGUAGUAUUUAAUAUAUAAAAGAGCGAAAGCAAAUCAUAAAGA